AUGCCAAAAGCUAGCAAGUCAAGCGGGACCGAGAAGUUCAAGAAAAAUGGAAACAAGCACGACAAUAGACGAACGGUGGAAGAAGAUUACGAGCAAGUGUUCCAGUUGGCAGUCAACCAAGAAGAACAAGGAGAGCGAUAUCAAUUCGGAGCGAAGGCCAAAAGAAACUACGAACAGUCGAUACAGAGCUAUCGCCUGUCAAUCGACCUAUUAUCAAAGAACCCUUCCGACCGACCGCCCUCAGACGGGUUUAACAGUCAUUUCAACCUGGCGAGAGCCCUGGUCAACUUUGGCACCACUUUUUCUAGUGCUCCAUCGGAAUGUCUCAAGCUUGUUCAGCAUGGAAUCCAGGAAUAUCAGCAUGCUGUCGAAUAUGCGAUCAAGGAUUCAAACCAAUCAGAUGAAAUCGAUGCUCGUUAUAACCUUGGGUUAGGCCUGUCGACCGCGGCAGAGAUGCUGUCGGCUGGGGCAAUGCUGGAAGACGAUGGCAAUGGCUCGGUUGACUACCAUUCAAUGGCGAUUCAAGGCUGGAAGCAAGCCAAAGAAGAGCUUUCGCGAGCGUAUCAACUUCAAGAACGUCUCUUAUCCGAUUCGCAGAAUCUUGGCCCCGCAGUCCUCGGCGAUAAAGAUAUGACGAGUCAAACGAUGGACGAGCCUAUGCAAGAAGAAAACCAAGUUGCUUCUCCGGCAAACGGACAAACAACUCUAGUCGAAGAAGUUUUUAUCAUUACACCCUCUGUCCUGAUCGACACCUUGAUGGAUAUAUGCGAGGUCUUGUUGUCUAUCUACACCUCUGAACCCGAGCUAGUGUCGACAGAAUUACGCCAGUACAUUCAACAACUCCAAUCAGUCAACCAAACGAUUGUAAACUCGAAUUGUCCAAACUUCAGUCGCCAAUUUGAGAUCGAUAGCUUGAUUUGCAACAUCGAACUCACGAUCAUUGAGCAUGCGUUUUCAGAAAGUCUUGAAGAUGCUACCAGCAGUCCAAAUUCGAUCGUUGAAAUGGGACAAAAAUUAUCGGCGGUUAAUCAAAAAUUAGAAGAGUUAUCGGCGGACUCGAACGCUUUAGAUCAAGAUUUCUUGAACUUACUAGGACUGGCAACUAACUUUUCAAGCUUAUGUACAGCCACUUGUUCUUUGAUCACUAUCCGAUCAGACAUGCUCAAGUCUCCUAUCCCUGAUGUCCAACUCGAUGAACUGGAGUGUUUGAUCAAAAAAACCAUUGGCAUGUAUACGAUAAUCCUCGAAAAAUUGAAGCAGUCGAAACUUCGUCCAAUCAAACAAAUCAAAUCACACGAGGUGUCUUCUUACAUUAGUUCGAGUCUUGUUGGUCAAUCGGAACUCGCUUUGAUUUUGGAAUUGUUACAUCAUCAACGAGGGAUCUAUUCAACCAGUCAACCAAAAUCAUUCGAUCUGGCCAUCGAAGCUUACAAUCAAAGCUUGGGACCUUACAAAAUCAGCCACCCCUCGACCCUCAACUCUCUGAAGCUAGAAUUCACUUCAGCUCGUCAACCCCGUUCGACAAAUGCAGAUGAAGUGAGGGAUGAAUGGUCGAACUUUUCUGUUAGAUUGGAGUCCAUCAAGCUACUCUUGAGGUCCAAAUUCCAUCAUCUUCGGCUCAGGUCUAACGACAAAGCUCUCCCCGGUCUUGAGCAGACUCUGAUCGAUGAAAUCGCGCCCUUGAUCACCAAAUUCGAACUCUCUCGCACCGACCUGAUCAGGUUUUACGACGACUUCCUUAACGAUCCGGUUUUCAUCUUGUCUCGUUCGAUCGAAAAGCCGAUGUUUGAUUUCCUUCUUCGUUCUCACAAUCAUAAUGUUUAG